CACUCCCACCGCUCAUCCUGACAGACGGUUAAAUCUGACAGUUGCUGAAGUUUAAAUGUUUAACGUGACGGUUGCACGUUAAAGACGUUUCAAUUUAAACACCGAGCGACCGUUAUUAGAGGUAGUAGCAGAUCUCUGCUUCAGUCUGUCAGACGCGCGCUGUAGGGCUGCAUGAUUUUUUUUUUUUUUUUCUGUCAGUGUGAGAUGAAGAUGAAGAUGAGGAGGAUGAUGCGCGCGCGGUCCGCCCACGCAGGAUCAUUCCUGGCUCGCGUCUAACCGUCGCGCUUAAUAUCACAUUUAUUUUUCGACGGUGACGAUGAAGACGAUGGUGCGGGAGUAACGGGAUGAAGAUCGCGAGUGAUCGCUCGCACAUCGGCGAUAUGACAAACCCGCCGCGCGAGCGCCAGCCGCAUUCACCGCGGAGCGAACGAUGAGCGCCGGCGGGAAUCUGCGCGUUACCCUGGAAACGGCAGCGGAGCGCCGGAGACUCGAGCGAGCGCGGGCCGAGCGGAGUGCAGCGACAGCCGGACUGAAGACAGAGGAGCAGCCGCCGCAGGACGCGGAGCGCAGCCGGAGUCGCACAGCUGCGGUCUGACCGGAGAGAACCGUGCGCUCGUUACGCGUCAGAUAUCGAUGAACGAGGGCGGAAUUUCGCCGUUUGUGAUGAAGACGGUGAUGAAGAGCACCUCACAUGUCCACAGCAAACUUGACUGCAUCACUGGCUCGUGUGAGGACAGAGUUGGACAGUGAUUCUCCCGCGUGACAGAACUGAUCUGAGGACAGUGAGAAUGACCGAUGACGGAGGGACGCUCUGCCUCUGAACAUUUCAAUGAUAGUUACUGGACCGGACAGACAGACAGAGAGACAGACGGACGGAGAGACGCGCUGAGGCCCGACGCCUCCGGUCUCUCUUCUCCGAGCACGCUCGUGCUCGCAGGAAGAGCUUUGCCACGUCGCGGCAGAGAAGCAUGGAAACUCCGCCCACUGCCCCUACACAGCCAUUCCGACAACCUAGUUUUCUAAGUCGCCGCCUGAAAGGAUCAAUUAAACGAGCAAAAAGCCAACCCAAACUCGACCGCACAGGAAGCUUUCGCCACAUGAUCCUCCCACGAUUCCGCAGUGCUGACCAGGAGAGGACGCGUCUCAUGCAGAGUUUCAAGGAGUCUCACUCGCACGAGUCCCUGCUGUCUCCCAGCAGCGCGGCCGAGGCUCUGGACCUCACGCUGGACGAGGAUGCCAUCAUCAAACCCGUCCACUCCAGCAUCCUCGGGCAGGAGUACUGCUUCGAGGUGACGACUGCAUCGGGCACCAAGUGUUUUGCGUGCCGCUCUGCAGCCGAGAGGGACAAAUGGAUCGAGAACCUGCAGCGAGCCGUCAAACCCAACAAGGAUAACAGUCGUCGUGUUGAUAACGUGCUGAAGCUGUGGAUCAUCGAGGCCCGUGAUCUUCCUCCGAAGAAGCGCUAUUACUGCGAGCUAUGCCUGGACGACAUGCUGUACGCGCGAACCACCAGCAAACCGCGCACCGACACCGUGUUCUGGGGCGAACACUUCGAGUUCAACAACCUGCCGGCCAUACGCAGCCUCAGACUGCACCUGUACAAGGAGACGGACAAGAAGAGACGCAAGGAGAAGAGCACGUACCUGGGUCUGGUCAGCAUCCCGAUCCCCAGUAUAACGGGCCGUCAUUUCGUGGAGCAGUGGUAUCCGGUCAUCCAGCCCAGCGUUCUGGCUAAAGGCGGCGGCGUGGGCAGCGGGAAGAUCAUCAACGCCUCGCUGCGCCUCAAGUCCCGCUACCAGACCAUGAACAUCCUGCCCAUGGAGCUGUACAAGGAGUUCGCCGAGUACGUGACCAACAACUACCGAACGCUGUGCGGCGUCCUGGAGCCGCUGCUGAGCGCCAAGAGCAAGGAGGAGGUGGCGUGCGCGCUGGUGCACAUCCUGCAGAGCACCGGCAAGGCCAAGGACUUCCUGUCUGACAUGGCCAUGUGUGAGGUGGAUCGCUUCAUCGACCGCGAGCAUCUGAUCUUCAGAGAAAACACACUGGCCACCAAAGCCAUCGAGGAGUUCCUGAAGCUCAUCGCGCAUCGCUAUCUCAAAGACACCAUCGGAGAGUUCAUCCGUGCGCUGUACGAGUCGGAGGAGAACUGUGAGGUGGAUCCGAUGCGAACGCCUCCGUCGGUGCUGCCGGACCAUCAGGCAAACCUGCGCAUGUGCUGCGAACUGGCGCUCUGCAAGAUCAUCAACUCGCACUGCGUGUUUCCUCGUGAGCUGAAGGAGGUGUUCGCGUCGUGGCGCGUGCGCUGCGCUGAACGCGGGCGCGAGGACAUCGCCGACCGCCUCAUCAGCUCCUCUCUCUUCCUGCGCUUCCUGUGUCCGGCCAUCAUGUCUCCGUCUCUGUUCAACCUGACGCAGGAGUAUCCGUCCGAACGCACCUCACGAACGCUCACGCUCAUCGCCAAGGUGGUGCAGAGCCUGGCCAGCUUUUCAAAGUUCAGUGGGAAGGAGGACUAUCUGGGCUUCAUGAAUGAGUUUCUGGAGAUGGAGUGGGGCUCCAUGCAGCAGUUCCUGUACGAGAUCUCUAAUCUGGAGUGCGUGAGCAACGCCGGGGCGUUCGAGGGUUACAUCGACCUGGGCCGCGAGCUCUCCAUCCUGCACAGCCUCCUGUGGGAGGUCAUGGCCCAGCUGAGUAAGGACGCCAUACUGAAGCUGGGGCCGUUGCCGCGGUUACUGAACGACAUCAGUGUUGCGCUGAGGAACCCGCAGCUGCACCGUCAGGCCAGUCACCAGCCGCCCGAACGCCACCUGUCCCGCCCCGCGUUCAGCCGCCUCGCCACCAACGACUUCCAGAGCCUCAUGAUGAGAGACCUCAACAGCUCUAUAGAUAUCUCUCGUCUGCCGUCUCCAACGGCCGGUUUGUCCGGCAGCGGCGUUCUCUCUCACCCUGGAAUGGCUGCGUUCUCCGAGCGAGAUCCUCGUGGCAACAAAGACGUGUUCUACGUGACACGCCCACCUCUCGCACGAUCAAGCCCCGCCUACUGCACUAGCAGCUCUGACAUCACUGAACCAGACCCCAAGGUUCUCAGUGUGAAUAAGAGUGUUUCUAUGAUGGACCUGCAGGAUUCUCGCAUUAACAGCGUGUCGAACCUGCAUUCGGUCAACGAUCUGCUGAACUCCUCUCAGGGGUCUCUCGCCGGGCUGGCCGGCUUCGGUCCGCUGGGCGGCGCCCCUCUCAGGGCCGGAGGUCGCGUUUCGGCAGGCUCGGGCGGCUCCAGCAUGUCGGGCGGUUUGCGUCUGAGCCACUCGGGCGGCCUGACGACGGAUUCGCUGUCCCAGCAGCAGCAGCAGCAGGCGGCCGCCAUGCACGUGCCUCUGUCCUUCCAGAACCCUCUGUUCCACCUGGCGUCCGACGGGCCGCAGUACCACACGCCGCCCCACGCCCCCGCCGCCGCCCCACCGCCGCUGCUGCUGGCGCCCGAGCCGGAGAACGGCCACAUGGGCUUCGGCGUGCCGACGUUCGGACACAGCGGCUUCUCCCGCAGCGAGGACCUGUCGGCCCUGCGGACGCAGAACAGCCUGGUGCAGCCCAACAUCGUCCACUCGCACAGCUACAGCGACGACUUCACGCGCCACAACCAGGCCGACUACGCCCGCAGACAGCUCUCGCUGCAGGUGCAGGAGAAUCUUCAGCAGCAGGUUCUGAUGGGCAUCGCCCCGCAGACAGCCACAGGCACCGGGACGCCCGCUUCUCUGGCCACUCCCCCCACCACCAUCCAUCCUGUCCGUCAGGCCUCCAUGGCCCCGCCUCCCCCUCAGCGCAUGAAGCCUCAGCCCUCCCACCAGCUGUCCGUCAGCUCGGCCGUCAACUCCACGCCCCCCAAGACCCGCCCACAGAGCGGGAACCUCCUCCAGUCGCCCGACUCCAGUUUCGGGGGGAGGCAGUUGCCGAGGCAGCAGCUGUCGGUGAAGGAUAGCCCCGCCCCCGGCCUGCCGCAUCAGUCCAGCACGGCCGCGGAGAAUCCCGCCCCUCAGGGCGGAGCUAGUGAGAGCACAGAAAACACACCGAGCAACCAACCAGCAAAACCCGCACAGCAAACCAACCAACAGCACCUGCUCAAACCAACCAUGAACAAACAGGGCUCAAAGUCUCCGUCCACUCUCAAUCCUCCCUCAGCUGCAUCUGAGCGUACGGUGGCCUGGGUGUCCAACAUGCCGCACCUGUCUGCGGACAUCGAGAGUCUGCGUGUGGAUCGUGAGGACUUCAAACUGAAGGAACACUCUAAGAGCAUGGACGAGUCCCGUCUGGACCGGGUGCGCGAGUACGAGGAGGAGAUCCACUCUCUGAAGGAGCGUCUGAUGAUGUCCCACCGUAAGCUGGAGGAGUACGAGCGGCGGCUGCAGUCGCAGGAGCAGCAGACCAGUAAGAUCCUGCUGCAGUACCAGAGCCGGCUGGACGACAGCGAGAGACGCCUGCGGCAGCAGCAGAUGGAGAAAGACUCGCAGAUCAAGGGCAUCAUCAACAGGUUGAUGGUGGUAGAGGAUGAGCUGAGGGGAAGUGGAAUGCCUGACCUCAAAACCAGAAUAUUCACAGAACAGCCGAUUUAUGGUGCCCACUCUGGAACAUGAUUGGCCGGUGCAGGACUAGCGGACAUGUGAUUGGUUGAACCUCAACCCAGGAGUGUCUGAUGAUUGGCUGAGAGAGAAGAGAGAGGCGGAGCCUGAGGAGGACGACCAACUCUACAAACUUUCUCUCUCUCUCUCUCUCUCUCUCUCUCACACACGCUGAGAGUAUAUAUAUGUAUAUAACUGCUAUAUAACUAUAUAUUCCUCAGGUGUGUCUCUCUCUCUCUCUCCUGCUGUCUUUCUCUCUUUCUUCUGAAUUUUUUGAGCCAAAUGGACGACAAUCAGCAUCUUGAGGCCGAAACAAUCACACCGAUAGCACAAAGAAAAUCGUCGCAGACAGACGGACGGAGAGAGAGAGACGACUUUAUUUGCUCUCAUUCUCUUCCCAUCAUCCCCUGCCUCUCUCUCUCUCUCUCUUUACUGCAGGAGUGUGUUUGUGUACGUGAGCGUGUGCGUGCGCGUGCGUGCGUUUGAUCAGUUGCAGCCUCAACUUCCUAAUAAUGACUCAAUAACGAAUCUUGUUUUUUUCAAAUGAUGUUUUGAGGGGCUUGAUUCUUUCUGAGCCAAUCAGACGUCGGCGUGCCGCUCAGAAUCCCGCCCCUUCCUCUCCGUGCCUAAAGAGCUCCAUCGAGAACAACAGGGCAAAAAAAGACUUGACGACGAGUGAGUCGGACACUCGCUUUGUUCCACGAUCACGCGUUUGCUCAUCUCUGACGGAGACGGCCGUGUGACUCGCUCGCUUCGCAUCGUGGACCCAGGGAAGGAAGAGCGGUUGGUGCUUUGCUGUUUUCUGGGUUUUCGGUGGUGGGACGUGGUGCUUUGAUGGUGGAGAGCGAGCGGACGUGUUCGUUUAGUGCUGGUGUGUGUUUGUGCCAAACGCCCGGGUGACGAGGUGACGGGCGUCCGACUAGAGCUAAAAUCAUCCAGCCGCCCACUAAAGCUCUCUUCAGACCCUAGUGAGCCGCCCGUUCCAAUGCUUCACACAUCCCACAAUGCAUUGCGGCAGACGUCAUAUUUUAAGAUGAGAGUCUAAAUGUGUAAAAUACCUAUAUGUUAUUCUUUAAGGACUGGGAAAAUGAUCAUAUACUCCAGGUUUGGUUUAACUUGAAAUUGUGACGAAUAUAUUACUAUUGUACAAUAGAAUAUUACUUCUUAAGGUAAUAAUAAUAUUAAUAAUGAAAUUAUUACAACUUUAUUUUUUAGGAUAUAUCUUUAAUUUUAAAGUUAAAUCUCUAUUUGCAGUAGUUUGUUUACCAAAAAAAUAAAAAUUGUUCAUUUUCAUUUGAUUAUUUUUCAAAAGAUGAAUUGAAUUGUUAGCGUUUUAUGAUUUUUAUUUGAUUACCACCAUUUAAGAUGCUAAAUUUGUAUUAAAUCAUUACCACAGAAUUACAGGGAAAAUUAAACCAUUUCAUAAGGCCCUAUUAUUUUAAAAAUUAAAUCUUUGAAGCUUUAUUAAUUCAGUUGAGUAGACUUCUUUAUUAUUCUAAUUUAAUUAAAUCUUUAAAUGUUUGGAAUCCAAAAAAAUAAAAACAGAAUUUGGAAAAAAAAAAAAAAAAAUUUUGUUAAACUUUUAAUAAAUAGUUGGCAAACUUUGUAAGUUAGAUUAUUUCAAUUAAUUAGACAUGCUUUUUGAUUGCUAAAAAAAUGAAACUAGAAAAAUUAAAACAUUUAAACAAAAAAAAAAAAAAAAAAAAAAAAACAGAGUUACAGAAAUAAAAUAAUUUCAUAAGGGCCUAUUAUUCUUAAAAAAAUUAAAAAAUUGUUAUAUUUUUAAAGUUUUAUGAAUUCAAAUGAUUAGACUUCCUUUUUAAAUUUCACCAUUAAAACAGAAUCCAAAAAUACUGAACAGGAAAAAAUUAAUUAGAAUUUAGGACCAGAUUAAACUGAUGUCACAAGGCCCUAAACUCUUAAAAAUGAUUACAAAUUUAAUUUAAUCAUCAGAGUGCAAUGCAGAAAAAUGACAACAAAAUAUUGAGUUAGCGGAAAAUAAAAUUCUUACAGUGGGACAGAAUGAACACAGAAAAAAUAAAUAAAUUACAGAAAUAAAAUCACACAUUUCAUAAGGCCCUAUUAUUCUUUAAAAAAAUAUAUUAAAAUUAUUAAAUAUUUAAAGUUUUAUAACUUCAAAUUAUUAGACUUGCUUUUUGAUCACUAAAAUUUAAUUUUAGCAUUAAAACAGAAUCCAGGAAAAAAUGAAAAGGACCAGGUUAAACUGAAAACUGAAAAAUGUCAUUUUUACUCAACUUUUUAAAAAAUGAUUACAGUUUUCAUUUAAUCAUUAAAAUGAAAUCCAGACAAAUUAAAAAAAAAAAAAAAAGAUAGAAUUUGGGGAAAAUAAAACUGAUUUUAUAGGGCCCUUUUAUUAAUUUAUUAGACUUAUAAUGGGAAAAAUAAAAACAGAAAAAAUAAAUAAAUUACGGAAAUAAAAAAAAAA